AUGAAGACCACUUGGAAGGAUAUCGCGCCGGUUCCGACCUCUCAGGAAUUCAUCGACAUUGUCCUGAGCCGGACGCAGCGGCGACUGCCCACCCAGAUUCGCGCAGGGUUCAAAAUCAGCAGAAUAAGAAGCUUUUACACACGAAAGGUCAAAUUCACGGCCGAGACGUUCGCCGAAAAGCUGCAGGCUAUUCUUGAUGGAUUCCCGCGCCUACAAGACAUUCAUCCCUUCCACAAAGAUUUGCUCAACACCCUUUACGAUGCCGACCACUUCAAGAUUGCUCUGGGCACGCUGUCCACCGCCAAACGACUGAUCGAGACGGUGGCAAGAGAUUAUGUGCGGUUGCUCAAAUAUGCCCAAUCCUUGUUUCAAUGCAAGUCUCUCAAGCGGGCCGCGCUCGGUCGCAUGGCCACAAUCUGCAAGAGAUUAAAAGAUCCUUUGGUCUAUUUGGAGCAAGUCCGACAACAUUUGGGACGUCUUCCCAGCAUAGACCCCAACACCCGAACACUCCUGAUCUGUGGUUAUCCCAAUGUGGGCAAGUCGAGUUUCUUAAAGUCUAUCACUCGGGCCGAUGUGGAUGUCCAGCCGUACGCCUUCACGACCAAGUCCCUCUUUGUCGGCCAUUUCGACUACAAAUAUUUGAGAUUCCAAGCCAUUGACACUCCGGGUAUCCUGGAUCAUCCUCUGGAAGAGAUGAACACCAUUGAAAUGCAGUCCAUCACGGCCAUUGCUCAUUUGCGCUCUGCGAUAUUGUACUUUAUGGAUUUGUCUGAACAGUGCGGCUACUCCGUGUCAGCACAAAUGGCUUUGUUCAACUCGAUCAAGCCACUUUUCGCCAACAAGCUGGUCUUCAUCGUGGUCAACAAGACCGAUGUGACUAAGCCAGAAGAUCUUGACCUCGAGACGCAACAGCAAUUGAAGGAUCUGCUGACCCAGAACUCCAACACCGAGCUUCUUCAGUUGUCGUGUGUGACCAACGAAGGUGUUCAAGAAGUCAAGAAUGCCGUUUGUGAUCGGUUGAUCGCCGACCGCGUGGCGGCGAAAUUGAAGGCCGGUCAAGCAUCUCAGCCGGCGGGCGCAGAUGCUCCUUCGGGUCGUCUCGGUGACCUUCUCGCUCGAAUUCACGUGGCCAGACCUAUGGCGGGCUCGGUUAGUGAAACCUAUAUUCCAGAGGCCGUCAAGAAUGGUACCUACAAGAAAUACGACAAGUCGGAUCCAGAGCGGCGGAAACUGGAGCGGGACAUUGAGGAAGAAAAUGGCGGUGCCGGCGUCUACAAUGUCGAUCUGAAGAAGGUCUACGACCUGGCAGAUCCCGAUUGGACCCACGAUAAGAUCCCAGAGUUCUUCAAUGGCAAGAAUAUCGCCGAUUAUGUCGACCCUGAUAUCGAAGAGAAGCUGGCGGCACUUGAGGCUGAGGAGGAACGACUUACCGCCGAAGGGUUCUAUGACGACAGUGAGAGCAUGGAGGAUGAGGAAGACGCCGAGAUUCGCAUGAAGGCCAAUUUGAUCCGAAACAAGAGGACUCUGAUCAUGAACGAUGCACGGAUGAAAAAGAGUCUCAAGAACAAAGCACACAUUCCUCGAGCGAAGAAGGCUCGAACUUUGGGUCAGAUGGAGCAGCACUUCCAUUCCAUUGGGCUUGACGCCUCUGCCACCGCGGACCGAGCCCGAGCUCAGAUCCGCAAUGCCCGCCCUGCGUCGACGGCGGGUGAUGAGAUGGAAAUUGACACGCCUUCGGCGAGGGCGAGGUCCGUGUCCCGAGCACCCAAGACUAACCGGUUGACGGAUGGAUUGGGAACCAGUGCCACUGGAAUCGCCGAUCCAGCUAAACGGGAGAAGGCGGAACGGAUGUCGAAGCUCAGUCAGAGGAAGAUGAACCGCAUGGCCAGACAGGGUGAGGCCGAUAGACAUGAAACAGCCUCGUUGCCGGCACAUCUGAUCAAGGGCAAGAGAAAGAUGGGUUCUACGAGGUCACGUUAA